CACAAAAGAAUAAUAUUAUCACGUUGAUUUUGUUGUUUUCACCAGAAACAGAUAUUAAAUACAAAUGAAUAAUUGAUUAGUAAUCAUGAUAUUAGAUUGUACAGAUUUCAGGCUAGAAGGAUCUUGAUCAAGGUUACAAAAAAACAAAAAUGAACCGCAUGCAGAUAGUCUUUUCUCAAAUCACAAGGAACAGAUUUAACCAUUCGGCAUUAAAAGAUUUCUCGUCCCUAACAUCAAAGUUCAAACACUACCUGCCUAUCAGCCAGAAAUUAGGAUCGUACUGUGCAGUUGUCAGUUUAAUAAAAAUACACCAUGCAAAAGAGGAUAGCAAUAAGAAGAGGUUUUAUGGUACCAGAAGUAACAAACCAUUGUCAUCAAAACACACAGCCAAUCAAUUUGUUCGUUGGCUGCUGCCAGAAGAAAGAAGUACAUUAUUUGCUGCUCUUCAAGAUUUCCAAGCUGAGGAAGGCACCAUAGACUUGCUUGAUGGAACAGAUCCAGAACCUACGCUUCAACAAUUAAAAUUAGUUAUGGGAUGCAAUGCUAUUCCAUUCGUUGGGUUUGGUAUGCUGGACAAUGGAAUCAUGAUUCUAGCUGGUGAAUACAUUGACCAUACAGUUGGUGUUACAUUAGGAAUUUCAACAAUGGCUGCUGCCGCAGUCGGAAAUUUGAUUUCAGACCUGAUGGGUUUAGGGCUGGCUGGAUAUGUGGAAGCCGUCGCUGUCAAACUUGGAUUUGACGUGCCACCAAUGUCGACAAGACAGGCAAAUAUGUGGAAAACGAAAUACGCAGCAUAUUUUGGACGGUCCAUUGGGAUAGCAGUUGGGUGCAUCAUCGGAAUGUUCCCCUUAUUUUUCAUCAGCGAAGUGGAUGACGAGGCGAAGGAGCAUCACCAUGAAACGAGAAACUCAAAUAGUUAAUUGCAACUAUCACCAUAUGUCUUAUUACCAUUUUUACCUUUGUAUUAGUUCUUUUAAACAUGUAAAUCCCUAAUAAUUCAAUCUAUUAGAAUAUCUUUUAGGUUUAUAUGCUAUUAAACAAUCUGUAUAUAGUCUUAACUUAGUUUUGACCAUAUGGUUUAACGUGUGAUACGCGGAUUCACCUGUAUUCACGCAGAAUCACGCAGAAUCACGCAGAAUCCCAUAAAUUGGCACAGAUUCAUGCAAAUUUAGACAGACUAAUUAAUGUAACUUUCUUACACUAUAAUUUUAACCCUCCCCCUGAACAGUAGCUUCCUUGAGGGAAAUUGUUUUAUCGUAGGAAACUAUUGUUUUUUACACCAUUAGAAAUUGUUUGUCUUUUUUAAAAUGCUAUUUAUUUUUCUAGCAAAUUUUACGGUAAAGGGUCAAAACUGGUUUAAAAAUUAGCAGACGAAAUUUCCGAAGAUAUGACCAAAAUAGGCGAAUUUUUUUCUUUUAAUUAUUUUGUCCGCCUAUAUUGUCCCACCUUGUCCAUCGAAUAUUUUGUCCCUUAAAGUAACAGGCGUCUGUAAACUGGUACAAAUCAAUUCCUUUUGGCAGUCCCGCACUCGACAUACAUGCAUACGGUAAUUUUCAAAGCAUUUUAUGAGUGAUAUUUAUGACAAUAAUUUUCAUUUGUUUUCAACUGCACUUUCUUGAUGAUCACCCUUCCCCCAACAGAAGAUAAUUAAUAGCUUUUAUGUGAUUCUAAAAUUCAGUAUACUGACAGUAUGCUUUUGUUUGACAAGAUUAUAUCCUAUACGCAUUCAUCUGCAAAACAAAUUCUUCGACUAGGCCUAUUCACCUUUUCCAUCCUUAGCCUAAGGUAUCAAUAGCCUAAAGUGUUUGUAAAUUAGGAAUUUCAAUGAAAAUGAUAAAGGA